AGAGAGGCGACGGCGAAUACAGGGAACCAUGAGGACUCUUUGUUCGUCAUUGUUGUGGAGGCGCCGAAGAACAAGUGGAAACUGACUGCCGACAGUCAGGACGCCAACGCAGCUAGUUCACCGAGCGUGGGUGCUAAAGACGUCUGCUUCGGCUGA